AUGACACCUUCCGCCCAAGUUGCCAAUGUCGACCCCAACCCUUACUUUGGCGACAAGGUAGGAGACCUAGCUUCUACCUCGGAAACCUACCCUAAGGCAAGCCGUGUCGAUCCAGCGCGGUUCCUCAGCCAGGUCUCGCACGAUCGACCGGCUUCUGCCAUCCGAUCCCUUUUCCCUGCCGAGUUGAUCCCCGGUAUGCUGUCGCUGCUUGCUGGUAAGCCGAACCCGGACACGUUUCCAUUUGAGAGCCUCUCGCUGAACCUCAAGCCGGAAGCUGAAGCUGGACCGACGCAGCUCAACAUUCAGGGCGAAGACCUUGUAUCGGCGCUUCAGUACGGUGCCACUUCGGGAAUCCCCAAACUCGUGCAGUGGAUCACUGAGCUUCAAGUACACAUGCACAAACGAGAGGCCGUCACGCCCGGUUCCAAGCUCGACGGUGUCGCAGGCAGGACGCCUUGGCGCGUGACCACGGGCAACGGAUCGCAGGAUCUGCUUAACAAGACCUUUGAUGCGCUGCUCAACCCUGGCGAUGUGAUCUUGGUCGAAUCGCCUGCGUAUACGGGUAUCUUGCCUUCGUUAGUGAUGAUCAAGGCGAACAUUGUGCCCGUGACCAGUGACGAUCAGGGUAUGAUGUCAAGCCGGCUUGCCGAGAUCUUGGCAAACUGGGAGACGGAUCCUCAGACAGCUUCACUCGCGCGACCCAAGUGUCUCUACACGACUCCGACUGGUGCUAAUCCCGCUGGAACAACCGCCUCGGAUGAGCGCAAGCGACAGAUCCUUGCACUUGCUCGACAGUACGAUUUCCUAGUGCUCGAAGACGACCCCUACUACUACCUGCACUUUGAAGGUCUAGACCAGGACGCUGUGACACGACCUCGAUGCCGAAGCUACUGGUCGCUGGAAGAGGAGCACCGCGAACGAUGGGGAACAGGUCGGGUCAUUCGUUUCGAGAGCUUCUCCAAGAUCCUUGCCGCCGGACUUCGACUCGGUUUCGCGACAGGACCCAACGAGAUUCUUGACGCAGUCGAUGCCAACACUGCCAUGUCCAAUUUGCAACCCUCUGGUCUGGCCGGUGUGGUGGCGUACACACUGCUCAACUAUUGGGGUAUCCCGGGCUUUUUGCGCCACGUCGACAACGUGGCGCGAUACUACGCUAAGCGUCGUGACAAUUUUGAGGCUAAAGCGAACAAGGUAUUGGGCGCAGCUGGUGUAGCACAAUGGGUUACACCGGUCGCCGGAAUGUUUUUGUGGCUGAGGCUCAACCUUCCACCCACAGGUCAGGGUGAGUCGGAAGGCGACAGUUUUGCCUUGAUCUCGGAUAAGGCCAAGGCGGCAGGUGUAUUGGCAGUACCCGGCGUAGCAUUCAUUCCGGACGGCAGCAAAUCGUGCUAUGUGCGCACCAGUUUCAGUAUCAUUGCCGAGGACGAUGUCGAAGAGGCCUUCAAUCGCCUCCGAAAUGUGGUGCUGGACGCCUGGAAGGACGCUGGUAAGCCGAUGCCUGAGCUCGCUUAA